AGACAAGCUAUACCCAGGGCCAGAUUCCCUGAUUUCUUCCUCCCUCCGAAUCUCAUUCUGAAAGGCUGCUUCAGCAUUUUCUAGCCAUGGCCGCCAGCAGCCGUGUCUUGUCCUUGUCUCCUACGGCAGCUACUUUUCGCCAGGCCAGCUCGGGCCCCACCUCCAGCAGCAUCCCUCAGAACACGCACUUUGUGGUGACUGUUCCCAGGCGCACACGAAACAUCCAGUCGUCUGUUCACCUUUUGCCAGGAUCCCUGCCCGUUGGCAUUGCAACCAAGUUUGGGUUGCAAAGGCAGACAAUGAUUUCUGGCCGCAGCGCACGACGAACUGGAGGGGGCGCUCAGGCGGCCCUCAUUACACCAGAUGGCGGGGCCCUCGUAGAUCUGAUUGUUCCGGAGAAGGACAGGCCAGCCAAACGGCAGGAGGCAGGCGAGCUGCCGGCGGUGACGCUGAAGGCCAUUGACCUGGAAUGGGUCCAUGUGCUGAGCGAGGGUUGGGCCAGCCCGCUCACAGGAUUCAUGCGCCAGGCGCAGUAUCUGCAGACCCUCCACUUCAAUGCCAUUAGAUCUGAGGAUGGGCAAAUCUUCAAUCAGAGCGUCCCCAUUGUUCUGGCCAUUGACGACGAACAGAAGGGUGCCAUUGGGGAGAGCAAGGCAGUGGCACUGAAGGAUCCGCAAGGAGAGCUGGUGGCCAUCCUGCGCAACCCUGAGAUCUACAAGCACAACAAGGAGGAGCGCAUUGCCCGCACCUGGGGCUGCACCGCCCCCGGCCUGCCCUAUGUGGACGAGCACAUUGCUCCCUCGGGCAACUGGCUCUUGGGAGGCGACUUGGAGGUGCUGCAGAAGGUCAAGUACAACGAUGGACUGGACCACUACAGGCUGUCCCCUGCGGAGCUGCGUGCUGAGUUUGAGCGGCGGCAGGCGGACGCGGUGUUUGCGUUCCAGCUGCGGAAUCCUGUGCACAACGGCCACGCGCUGCUAAUGACGGACACGCGGCAGCGCCUGCUGGACAUGGGCUUCAAGAACCCGGUGCUGCUGCUGCACCCGUUGGGGGGCUGGGUCAAGGCUGACGAUGUGCCCCUGGACACACGCAUGAAGCAGCACGACAAGGUGUUGGAGGAGGGCGUGCUGGACCCCGCGACCACGGUGGUGGCCAUCUUCCCGAGCCCCAUGCUGUACGCUGGCCCCACCGAGGUGCAGUGGCACGCCAAGGCGCGCAUCAACGCGGGCGCCGACUUCUACAUCGUGGGCAGAGACCCCGCCGGCAUGGGCCACCCCACCGAGGACCGCGACCUGUACGACGCCGACCAUGGCAAGAUGGUGCUCUCCAUGGCGCCCGGCCUCGAGCGGCUCAACAUCCUGCCCUUCAGGGUGGCUGCUUACGACAAGAGUGUGGGCAAGAUGGCCUUCUUCGACCCCUCACGAAAAGAAGACUUCCUCUUCAUCUCUGGCACCAAGAUGCGAGGAUUCGCCAAGAGUGGAGAGCUGCCACCCCAAGGGUUCAUGUGCCCCGGUGGCUGGCAGGUACUGGUCGACUACUACCAGGCAAAAGCAAAGGAGACAGUCGCAGCUUGAUUCUACUAGGAUACACACAGAUUUAUAUUGACCGUGGUACAGACUGCUGACAGGCAUCACGAGGCUACAGCAUAAGCCUGCAGAGCUUACUGUAGGAACACGUGCUUAGCUGCAGCGUGUACUACUUACUGGAAGGGUGUCCAAAAGCACAAACUCUAAGAGGUAAGCUUCGGUCUUCGUGCAAAUAUAAUCCUGAAACUGGUUGCAAGAUUGCCUCGUGUAAUCAGGUUGUAGCGGAAAAACACGGUUUGUGACGUGGACACCGUCUACAUUGAUUCCUAAGUUCCUGAACGGCAACUUGGGACUGUACUCGCCAAUUGGAGAUGGUCAAAUAGUGCAUCCAAUACCGCGGUCAAGCUUUUACAGAAGUACCCAUUCAAAUCGUUGUCCUCGCUGCGAGUGAAGCCGCAUUUACUAGCGCCCCAGUUGUAUUUUUGCCAAGACGACGGUCCAAUCUGCAACACGUACUCCAACCCAGUCUUCUGAGUAGUUCGGAAUGAGCCUGUAUGGGUGCAGGAUCCUCGGCCUAACGAUGUAGAAGUGUGUGAGUCAGGCAAAAGCUCGUGAAUGCAAGCCCCGCCAGGCCGGUGUGGAUUGAUUGAAAGACAAAGCCUGGAAAUAAAUUGCGC